AUGGGGAUACUGCACGACGACGUAGUGAUUAUCAGGGAGGCAGAGAAAGAAGGUGAAACUACCAUCAUAACCGUCAACUGCCCCGACAAGACCGGUCUAGGUUGUGAUUUGUGUCGUAUAAUUCUCUUCUUCGGUCUUAGCAUUGUACGAGGAGACGUGUCCACUGACGGGAAAUGGUGCUACAUAGUUUUCUGGGUGGUGGGGAAGCAAAGGACCAGGUGGAGUUUGUUGAAGAAGAGGCUAAUUGAGGCGUGUCCUUGUUGUUCCUCAGCUUCUGGGAUUUCAUAUUACCGUUCAGAAUUGCAACCUCCUAAACCUCCUGAUGUAUUCCUCUUGAAAUUUUGUUGCCAUGAUCGAAAAGGCCUUUUACAUGAUGUUACAGAGGUUCUUAGUGAGCUAGAGCUCAUCAUACACAAAGUGAAGGUAUCUACUACACCUGAUGGCAAAGUGGUGGAUCUGUUUUUCAUCACGGAUACCAGGGAACUUUUACAUACAAAGAAGAGAAGGGACGAUACAAUUGAACAGCUGUCAGUUAUUUUAGGGGAUCCCUUAAUUACUAUUGACAUUGAAUUGGUUGGCCCAGAGAUUACUGCUUGUUCUCAAGCAUCUCCGUUCCUUCCAAGUUCAAUCACAGAAGAUAUCUUUGAUUUGGAAUUACCUGGUUCAUUACGAAGUGGGACUUCCACAUCUGAUUCUGUUUCUAUUGGGAUUGACAAUUCGUUGAGUCCUGCUCACACGCUUGUCCAAGUUAUAUGUCAAGAUCAUAAAGGUCUUCUUUAUGACAUCAUGAGAACUCUGAAGGACUACAAUAUUCAGAUUUCUUAUGGGAGAUUCUCAACAAAACCCAGAGGAAAAUGUGAGCUUGACUUGUUCAUAGUACAAGCAGAUGGGAAAAAAAUAGUUGACCCCAGCAAGCAGCAAUCUUUGUCAUCACGCCUUAGGAUUGAACUACUUCAUCCCCUCAGAGUAAAUGUUGUAAGCAGGGGCCCUGAUACAGAGCUGCUGGUUGCAAACCCUGUGGAGUUGUCUGGCAAAGGACGACCCCUCGUUUUUUAUGAUAUUACUCUUGCUCUCAAAAUGCUUGGCCCCUGCAUCUUUUCGGCUGAAGUUGGAAGACAUGUGAUUGGAGAUCGGGAGUGGGAAGUUUAUAGAAUCUUGCUUGAUGACGGGGAGGGUUUAUCUGUUCCAAGGAACAAGAUUGAGAAAGGAGUUUGGAAGAUGUUGAUGGGUUGGGUGUGA